ACGGGACUGUUGUUGUAAUUAACACUAUAAUUUAAAAAUGACUUAUUCAAGAAUGGUCAGACCCGGUACAGAUUUUUGGAGGUCAUCUUUAAAUCCCGAUUUACGGGGCCUCUUCUACUUUUCCCGGUUCCCAAACAGCUUCUGACACAAAUUGUUUGCUCUCUCUCUCUCUCUCUCUCUCUCACAAAGUGGCUGGUUUUUCCGUCGCCGAUCAAUUCUUCACCGUCGAUCGACAUUGUUUGGUGUCCUCUCCUGUUGCUUCUCCAGGGUAGCAAUUAGUUGUUUGAUUGCCUUCUAAUGGGUGCCAGUUCCUGCUGUGACUCUGAGGGGCUUCUAAGAUUUUGAAUCAUAAGCCUAGUUGUAUAAUUUUUGGUCUAAGAUGUUGUCAUGUUCAAAUGAACUAUUGACCCACCACAAUCAUCAGAAUGCUGUCGCUGCUGAUGCAAGCUUGUCCAAAUGCGGUGAAAGCCAUUUGGAACACGAGGACGAAGAAGAGGACGAGGAUGGGGACGAAGAAGAGGAUGUAGACUUCUAUCCCAUUUUUAAAGCUACCCCAUCUAUGGAAGCUUCUUCAAGCUUGAGCUUUGAAGUUGAAGGUCUAGAUGUUGAUGUUGUUGGCAGUGGGGAAAACACUCGCAGGGAUUUGGUUACUAAUUUGUUGUCAAAGCCACCUUCUCAAAUCCAAGACUAUGCUGCUGGAGAUUCCAAGCAUGGCGAGGAGAUUGUGUUGCAAACUGCCGUUUCUUCUGGAGGAGCAUGUGAAAAAGAAUCAGAAAAAUCAUCUCCCACAGGCAUAAGGAAGAGAAAAUCAGAUUCUUGGAGCUGUCAGCCUGAAAAUGAAACAUUUUGUGGAGAAGAAAAUGGAUCAAACAGUGGAGCAGAAGCGGUUAAUGAUAUGACUGGAGAGUGUGGCAGACAUUCUAGGAGGCUCAUUAUGGAUAUAGAUGAUGAGGAUGCUAUAUGCAUGCGCACUAGAGCUCGCUAUUCACUUGCCAGUUUUACGCUUGAUGAACUUGAGACUUUUCUUCAAGAAACGGAUGAUGAUGAUGAUCUUCAGAAUGUCGACGAUGAAGAAGAAUACAGGAAAUUUCUUGCUGCUGUUUUACUGGGUGGAGGUGGAGACAGUCAGACAAUUCAAGAAAAUGAAAAUGUUGAUGAUGAAGAUGAAGACAAUGAUGCGGACUUUGAAAUAGAAAUUGAAGAGGCACUUGAGAGUGACUUCGAUGAAAAUACAGGUGGUGAGAAGCAAGUAAAGGAGCACGAGGCAGCUGGUCGACGACCUGAGACUAGGCAAAACAGACGCCAAAGAUCUUCUGCCCAAUAUAAAAAAAGGCUGCUCAAGCAAACAAAUAGGCCAUUGCGCCCCCUCUUACCAAAUGUAGCAAUUGUACCUUUCCCAGUUCACGAUGGAAAAAAUAUGGAGACUUCUUCAAAUUGUCUGUCAUCAUCAGCACAUAAUGGUUUAAUAAAUGGUUUUACUCCACAUCAGUUGGGCCAGUUGUAUUGUUUAGUACACGAGCAUCUACAACUUCUUAUUCAGGUGUUUUCUCUUUGUAUUUUUGACCCUUCUCACCAGUGCAUUGCUUCCCAAGCUCAGGAAUUGAUUUCAGAGAUGCUUCAUAGACGUGAUAAAGUAUUAUCAGGAAGAAGGGUACCCUAUCCCAGUUUUUGUUUUUGCCCUCCUUACAUUCAUCCAUCAGUGCCAGACGAACCCUUCAAAUCUUUGACAGCACAGAGCACCUCUGGAUCAUCUUGUACCUUGGAAGCACAGAGAUAUUGUUCUUCUGGAAAGAACAGAGUGUUACCUUCUGAUGUGAUUUCCCCUUUAAAAGAAGGAAGUGUACAUGUUUUUAACAGGGAGGAGGGUCACUUUCAAACUACUGAGUGCUCUUUCUGGGUUCCUUUAAUAAAGGGUCCUGUACUUUCUGUUCUGGAUGCUGCUCCACUUAAUUUAGUUGGAAAAUAUAUAGAUGAUGUUUCUACUGCUGUGCAGGAGUAUCAACAUCGACAAAUGGAAGCUACUUGUGAUCCACGUCUUCAAAGGGAGCCCUUGUUUUCCCUUCCCAGUUUUCAGUCAUCCACCGAAGCUAAUGGUGAAGUACGAGGAACCACUUCCCCAGCUGCCAACCCGGCGCCGCCUUCGCCAGCUAGUGAUCUACCACCUAAGAAGACAUUGGCUGCUGCACUUGUUGAAAGGACUAAAAAGCAAUCAGUUGCUGUAGUCCCUAGAGAAAUUGCCAAGUUAGCUCUGAGAUUUUUUCCACUGUUUAAUCCAGCCUUAUUUCCGCACAAGCCACCUCUUGCAUCUGUCGUGAACCGGGUGCUUUUCACUGAUUCAGAAGACGAGUUAUUAGCAUUGGGGUUGAUGGAAUAUAAUACAGACUGGAAAGCAAUUCAGCAACGGUUUCUUCCUUGCAAAUCUAAGCAUCAGAUUUUUGUUCGGCAGAAAAACCGUUCAUCUUCUAAAGCUCCUGAAAAUCCAAUAAAGGCAGUUCGGAGGAUGAAAAACUCUCCCUUGACUGCAGAAGAGAUGGCACAGAUUCAGGAGGGAUUAAAGGUUUUUAAACUUGACUGGAUGUCUGUAUGGAAAUUCACUGUCCCAUAUAGAGAUCCAUCCUUGCUACCCCGGCAGUGGCGCGUUGCUACUGGAACCCAAAAGACAUAUAAAUCAAAUGUGGAAAAAAAAGAGAAGCGGCGGUUAUAUGCAUUACAUAGAAGAAAGUGCAAAUCUGCAGCUUCGGCAAAUUGGCAAACUUCAUCUGAAAAAGAGGACUGUCAUACUGAUAAUGCUGGUGGAGAAAAUAAUAGUGGAGAUGAUUGUAUGGAUAACAAAGAUGAAGCUUAUGUUCACGAGGCAUUUUUGGCAGAUUGGAGACCAGAUACUUCUUCUAAACUUCCUGUCUGGAAUGUUAGGGAAAAUAAUCCACCCAGUGAUUUGCCGUCGCAAGAGGGUUCUCGUGUCUGGGAACAAACCUUUAAUAGUGGGUCCAUAGGAUCUCAUGCGCAAAGUGAUCAGGAAUUUCAUUAUGGAAAUAAUUACUCUCAGAAUCUCCAUAAUUUAUCUCGUUUUGCUCAUGCUAGACAUUGUGCAACUUCCUAUGGGUUGUCUCACCCAAUUUCUGAUAUGAAUUUGAGGUCCUCCAAGUCCCAAUUAUAUAUGCGGCCAUAUCGUGCUCGUAGAGCAAAUAGUGCUCGUUUAGUGAAAUUGGCUCCAGACUUGCCUCCUAUAAAUCUUCCACGAUCUGUCCGCGUAAUGUCUCAGUCAGCUUUCAAAAGCUAUCAGGGUGAAGUAUCUACUAAGAUUUCUGCUGUUGAUGCCGGAAAUGGUGAUGCUGCAACAGAAAAUCUAGUUGGGAAACUAACUUAUGUUGCAGUGUCUGGAACCAGCCAUCUAACAAAAGCCAGAGAGAACAAAAAUAAUUCACUGAUAAAUUAUAGCGGUAAUCUGCAUCCACAAGAAUCUGGAAUCAUCAGGGAUAAAUGUAUUGCAGUAGAAAAAUACGACUUAGAUCUACAAAUGCAUCCUUUGCUGUUCCAGGCCUCUCAAGAAGCGCGUCUGCCAUGUUACCCUUUGAGCUGCAAUAAUAAUACUUGUAGUUCUUUCAAUUUAUUUUCAGGAAAUCAGCCCCAAUUGAAUCUCAGUCUGUUUCAUAAUCCUCCCCAAGCAAACCAUACGGUUAACUUUUUUCAUAAAUCUUCAAAGGAAACUACUUCCUCAUCAUGUAAUAUUGACUUCCAUCCACUUCUGCAAAGAGCUGAUGAUGUAAAUAGUGACUUAGUAGUUGUAGAUGCACCUGCCCAUCUGUCUGAUAAUUUUGAUUCAUUAAGAGGCAACUGUGUUCAGCUUCAUAAUUCAUCUGAUGCAGUUCGAACUGAGUCACAGGUCAGUAGCUGUCCAACAGUUACCUCGACUAAACCCUCUAGUCCUAGUGGAAAGGCUAAUGAACUGGAUUUGGAGAUUCACCUAAGUUUUGCGUCCAGAAAGGAGAAAGUGAUGGGAAGUAGAGAUGUUAUCAAGGAUAAUCAAAUGAGGCCAAUCUUAAGUGCUGCGGAUUCUGGAAUUAUUAUGGAAACUCAAAACAAGCUAGCUUCUAUUCCAGAUGGAAUAAGCAGCAAGGUUGAUUCAAGUGCCCACGCAUUGGUUAUGUCAAGUAAUAACAUAAACAGAUAUGAUGUCAGUAAAGGAAAUGAUCUGUCUCUUCCAGAAAUUGUGAUGGACCAGGAAGAGUUAAGUGACUCUGAGGAAGAAGUUGAAGAGCAUGUAGAGUUUGAGUGUGAGGAAAUGGAUGACUCUGAAGGUGAGGAGGGAUCUGAGUCCGAGCAGAUUGUUGACUUGGAAAAUAAGGAGGUCCCAUAUGCAACUGUGGAGGAAGUUGCGGCAGAUGCAGAUUUUGAUAAUCAACAAUGUAAAACAGGGAACCAUAGUAAUUGGCAAGGCAAUGUUUGUGGGCCCUCGGAAGCUAGCACUCUCAAGUUGGAUUUGACAGAGGAAGGGAAAGAUAAACUGAGUAGUUCUUUAUGCUUGAGUUUGAAUUCAUGUGCUCCAGGUUGUCCUCCAGAUAACAAGACCAAGCCAAAGAGUGUAGAAAGUAGAAACACGGAAGGGUCGGGUGGGAAGAAUUGGAUGUCAGCACGUCCAAAUAGAUCAUGCAAGAAGACAAUGGCAAGUAGAAAAGAUUUUAGAUCACAGAAAGAGGCUGGGAACAUGCCACAAAAGCUUGAGCUGGGUCCACUUCUUGUUGACCCAUUGAAGAAACCCAGGAAGCGUGCAUGUAGAACUAACUCUAGUUUCAAUAUGGGUUGAGUCGAAAGAGUUGCAUGUAGAACCAACUAUAGUUUCAACAUGGGUUGAGAGUCGAAAGAGAUUCAAGUUUAAAUAGAGUUGGGACCGUAGACAGCUCCAACCAUGGUUGCAGUUGGAAUGAGUUGGGUUGGUUGUGGCUCUGUUGGGAAAUAAUGCUGUUGGAUGUGAGUUACCUUGCAAGUGACAGACUGGGGCAUCAAUCUCAGGUACAUUUGGAGGUUGAGAAAAAGUGAUCUUCUCAACUAAUCUACCUGCUAACAAGGCUGCAUGGAGACUGGUCCCUUCUUUGUUAAUAGGAUUUGAUUUUGGCAAAUGGGAUGAGAGAAAGUUAUUGUUUUUAAUUUAUUCACUCAUGUUCCUCUAAUGGAAGGGUUCUUCUGUACAGUCGUUGACUUGUAUAUAUAGAGUGCAUUGCUAUCUUUUAGGCAGGGGCAAUGUACCACGUAGAGAAAACCAAUUGGGAAACAAAAUUGCAGUGUUGUGGUGCUAGCAAAAUUGUCGACAAGCCAAACAAUUUGGCUGCUGGUAGUUAACAACUGGAAUGAGGAGGAUGGUUGCGUACUUUCACGACGAACUGUUUCAAGUCUCGAACCUCCCAAAUUGUUGUGAUUGAAGGAAAGUGUACGAUAGUGGCAGUCAUAUUAAAAAAUGGUAGUGAUUGACUGUCAUCAUGUUGUGUGUUGGAUUAUUGUCUCUUUGGUGCGACCCUAGCACGAUGUGUUAGUUCUGUAAA